UGUACCACCAGCCUCUAUACUAAUAGCACUCCACGGGAUAGCCAUCUGGGAGGGUACAAGUUCCCGGACGCCCACAUACGAGCAAGAUGCGUCGCCUGAACAUCCUCCUCGUCUCCCUCGGCAUCUUCACGACGACGACGUGUUUACUGGGAUUAUGGUCUUUUCACCGGGUCUCCCACGAUCUGAGCGUGGAUUAUGCUUCAGACGCGAGAGAGGAUUAUCUGGUGGAAUAUGAAGAUGGUUACGAUACCCAGGCGGGAGAAGAUCAAGGGCAAGGGGAAAGCGAGAGGAGGUGGACAAAGGUACUCGGGGGCACGGAAGGGUUCUAUGUCUUUGAGAAUGUUUGGAUCAGGGAUCGGGUGGUCUAUAUGAUCCCCAACCCAACCUCCCUUUUCUCGACCCCCUUACCUCGUCUAGAAUACACAAUUACCAGCCGUAACCCCGAUCUUCGGGACCACACCACUAUCGCCGAAACCGCUCAUCGAGCUCUACAAGAUAAGCAGGAUGGGGUAACGUACCCAGAGUAUCCGGAAAUACCCAGGCUGGUCGUGCUUUCAAGGGAAGAAGCGGGGGAGAUAGGAGUCCCUGGGUUCAGUGUCAAGAUCAAGGUCGGGGGCAGGAUCAAGAGCAAUAUCGGGGAGGGGUCUGAUCUCGCGGUUGAAAGCGUUGGUAUUGGCGCGGAAGAUCAAACUGAGACUGAGGCAGAGAGCGAGAGCGAGGAUCAGGUUGAGAUCGAGCCUGAGAAUGCUGAGAUCGAGAUGGGGAAAGAACUGGACAUCCUACAAGAAGAGAAAGAAGACGACGAUGUCUUAUCACGGUCACGGUCAAGGGAUACGAAGCUCAAGCUCCGCGCCAGGGGAUGGAAAGAUAGUAAGAGGCGACGGCGGUGGUGGUGGGAUUCCACUUGGGUCGAUGGGUGGACAGGUAAAUCAACAGCAUCAUCAUCCUCGUCGUCGUCGUCUUCGGGAGGAGAGACAGAAUCGGUGAGAGAAACGGUGGAGGAUAACGGGGGGAUGCAAUGGGAAGAAGAGGGAGUGACGGUCUUGCCCGGGACGACGCUCUACUUUGCGGACGAUCCGCAGAUCACAGGUUGGGGGAGCUUGAUGCACCAUUACUACCAUUUCGCGGCCGAGCUGAUGUUUGGCGCAUGGAGAACAUAUGCCAAGGUCGAACUCGAACAGCGCGCCGCGGUCUCGAGCGUGUCGCACGACAAUGAGCUCGUCGAGAAACGAUACUUGAACGUCCUGAACCACACGCACCCGGAAGGAACGGGACCGGCUACGAAAUACGUGUUUUCGGAAGCGGAACGGCGGCUGUUUGAGGAGAAUCGUAUGGAUAUGCCGAGGACGGUGGUCUUUCCGUUCAACAACGAUUGGGAGGGGAAAGAGCUGCAGGAGGUCAUGUUGGAGGGGAUGUUUGGGGAUGCGAACCUGAUAAGACGGGACGCGUGGACGAGAUUGAGUCGGAAGCGACAGUGGACUCGAUUGGAGCGGGUCGUCAUCGUGGACCGGCAUGCGGCGCACAGAAACCCUGCGGGAGGACCGGAAGCGUGGGGCAAGAUGGCUCUCGAUGUGCUGAGCUUGAAGAUGUCCGAAGCGUACCCUUACAACCCGUGGCUCUUUCCGCAAGAGAGCUUGUCGAGGCAUUUGCAGUCGGAUCCGGUCCCACUGCGUCGGCCAAAGACCGCUCGAGGGCACAAUGGGGCGUUGAGUGGGGACGUCGUCAAGGUCACCUAUGUGGAUCGGCAGGGCGACAGGAAACGCAAGUUGGACGAGGAGAGCGAUGUGGGGUUACGUCGGGUGUUGAAAGAGGUGUCCGAGAGCGAGAUUGUCGCGGAGAACGGGAGGACGGCGAGGGUCGAGGUGGACAUGGUCCGCUUUGAAGGGUUGCCGGCCAAGGAACAGAUGCAGGUGGCCCACGAGAGCGAUGUAUUCAUCGGCAUUCACGGCAAUGGUCUCACUCACAUGCUCUGGACCCGGCCUGGGGCGACGGUCAUCGAGUUCUGGCCACUCCAUUCUUUCAUUCGGGAUUACGAGAUUGUCACCGAGGCCAUGGACCACGAUUACGUCCCGGUGUGGAAAGACCGAGUGAUACCAAAAUCGGAAUGGUUAGGCAAGGCACGGGAUCAGCAGGGCGAAAAGUUGCAGAACGGGACUCUGGUCGAGGUCGAUGAGCGAUUUAUCAGGAAGUUGUUGAACGAGCGAAUAAGGAGGAUGGUAUGAUUGAUUUUCGGUUCUUGUUGUAUAAGGGUUUCGAACAGCUUGGGCUGUGUGGUUUGUUUCGAUGAGGCGCAGCGGUGGACCGGCGAGUCGCGAUCAAUCAUCAUGUCAAUCAAAUGUCGCUAUGACUGCGUCAAGGUCACCGGGCGACUAGUCUUUCAUCAUCAUGGGAU